AUGACUGACGCUGAAGAUCACCCCAAACGGGAAGAUCAACCCGAACCUGAGAACCAACCUGAACUUGAGAACCAACCUGAACCCAAGAACCAACCUGAACUCGGGGAUCAAACCGAACAUGACACCGAGAUCAAACCCAUCAACUUUGAAUGGACUCCUGAACUUGUGAAGCUUGCCACCGCUCAAGGCUUGAUACACCCAUCGCUCGGCCUUGUCGAGUUCGAUCGCGGCCUUGCGGACUGUAAAUACCGACCCGGCAUGACCAUACCAGACCCUGCGGAUACGCGGGAGUGUCUGAGGUGGGUUGGACUAUCCGAUAAGAAGAUCAUUGAGAUGGAACAGAAGUUCGAUGAUCUUUAUCAAGGACCAAGCCGUGGAUAUGACGAGAAAUUUCAGCAACAUGCACGUGCAUACAAUGAUAUUACGUUUCCACAGAUUGAGAGAAUCUUGAACAUGUUCAUUCAAGAUAUGCAGGAUAAUCAUGAUGAGUUUGAGCACACUCACAAGGCCUACAUUGAACAUGGCAUCAAGCUAGGACUCCGGCCAGAAUUUGCGGUAUUCUGUGGACUACAUGAGACCGAUUCCCGAGCUAUUGACUGGCCGUGUCUAUUCAACAAAGAUUGGUUUUAUAGAAGCCCAGCGACUAUCAUGAGUGAAAACCUUCUCAGCUUCUGGUUGCCUCUCAAAGAAUUCAUGAGGAGUAGGUUAUUGUACGAGGGGAAGGCAUGGACUGAUCGUGAUGGAAUGUGGUUGGUUCACGAGGGGGAAAGUAUGGAUAAAGCAAAAGCGAGAGUGGAUGAUCGAGAGAGGCAGAGGCUAAAGGAGCAAGCGAUAAAGGAAAAAGAGGAAAAGUUACGACUUUUUUACGAAGAUCAGGCCAGGGAGCACGCGGAAGACCUGGCAAGAUGGGCAGAAGAAGACAGACAGGAGGCGGAGAUGCUGAAGCAACAAAGCAUCGACAAAGCUGCUCUGCAGAAGGAUGAGGAAGGAAAGGAGUAA